UUAUACUUGUAAUACGAUUGAAUUAGUCAAGAAUAUUUUUCGUCUUGUUAUCAGAAAUCCUUUCUGAGGGUGUGAAUAAGCACGAAAAAAUAAUGGAAUUUCUUGCUUUGCAGGACGGAAGAGGCAAGUUCGAGGAAGUGGACAGGAAGUGCAGCGAGCUGCGACACGAAAAUGAGAGGAUGAAGAACACGCUGGCGCGAUACGAGGAGCACGCGACGCAACAGCAGAAGCGCAUCUAUGAGAAGAUGCACGAGAAUACGCAGUUGUCGUCGAUGUUGGAGCAGAUACGGGAGGAUUCCGCUCGUCAAGUAGCGCGGACGAAGGAGCGAUGCGAGACCAUGCGGAGAUCGAUGCAAGGCCAGAUCGCUGAAAUGGAGAGGCAAUUGGCGCAGUGCAAGGCGACAGCGCGAGCUGCUCAGCGUGACAGAGACGAGAUCAGGCAGAAGAUGCAGGGUCAGAUAAACAAUUUGGACGAGGCGUUCAAACACGCGCAAGGCCGCAUAAAAUCCUUACAAGGCCACGUGAACUACCUGAAAACCUCGUACAGCAAUAUUUUCCUUGGCCAAGGGGAAACACCGGCGGGCGCUCUGCCAGCGAACGAUUCUUGCGAUUGCAACUAUUAAAAUGUGUACUACCUUUCAGUGAUAACAGUGCAACAGCGCAUUUUUGUUCAACACAACGAGAAAUAAAAGUGUAUUACUUGAUCA